CUGGUUCUACAUCACAGAUGACGGAGCCACUCCAAAUAUAUGCCACAGAGACCCAGAACUCGGAGAUGGCAUCCUUGUCGUUGACUGGAACCCAUGUCAUCCCAGAGACAGGCGAGUCAUCGAAGAAAACCCCCACAUCAUCUACCAAGGGAGGAGGAGCUGCCCCUCCUCCUUUCCCGAGCUCCUCUCCUCUCCCCCCCUCGGCUAAUAGCACCUCCAUGCCCCCGCCCAAAGAUGUGGACAUCUCCCAGAACAACACGGAAAACAAGGAGAACCUUGCCAAUAAUCAGAAGAAGAGACCCAGAACAGGCAGUGUGGAUGCUAUGGCUCCGCCCACCAAGGUCUCGAAUAGGUCACAGGUCAAAAGCUUGCCGGCUUCCUCUGAGCCACCCGAACCAACUCAGCCAAUGGAAUCACAGGAUGACAGUCAGGAUUCUGAAAUGGCCCUGUCGAGGUUUGAUCCCAAGCACCACAGCACGCAACGAGAAUCCCCCACUUCAACAGCCGCAGCACCCAGCACUGCUAAGAAGCUGGAUAGUCGAGCAGGAAAUAGCGCAGCGCCGACUAGUUCAGGGCAGUCAGUUGGACCUGUGGCAGAGCCAUCAAUCCCAUUUGAGCCGUACACGCUUCCCAGCCUAAAGACAGAAGCCUUCAACCAGGAGGAGGUGCUCACUCAGCCUUCCCACAACAUUAAAGAGGAGCCUGCAAGUUGCCCGGUUCAAGAGGAGAACGACGUCAUUCUGGACGAGACAGAUUACCGCAGGGAAAAGAGGCCAAUUGAUGAAAUUGAUUUAACCGAUGAAAAUGAAACGCAUGUUUGGCUAGGUGCAAAGCGAACGAAAGUAGCGGAGCCCAUUGGCACCAGGCCAGUGAAGAGAGAAAGAAGCCCAGUUGACACGAGCGAACCUCAAGCACGAAAGGCCAUCAAGCAGGAGCCAGAGCCGGAUGAAGAGCUCUUUGCCCUCCCAGGCGGAAAUGCAAGAAUCAGGCGCAGAGCUCUUGCAACGAAUGCCCCAACAGAAAACCAGGUCACAGCUGUCAGCAAGAGUGAGAGCACAGAUGGCGAUGAGAACCCGUUCUCACUCCCCACAUGCUCCAGGGCUCAGCGGAGGAGACAGCAACAGGCGGUGGUACCAAAGGUUGAGGAGAGGACGCCAGAGUCAUCUGCACCUGCCGAACAUGCACAGACUAAUGGCAUUCCUUCUUGUGUACCGACGACUUCCAAAUCUGUGAUAACGAGCAACCAGGGAAAUUUUCUGUCAAAGACUAAUAGCAACAUGAAACAGGAACCUGGCCAAGGCAUGUCUAACUCUGUAGCAGACCUGACUGCAGAAGUUGAGAAGUCAUUGCUCAUCGUUGAAGUGACGAGCCUAAUCAAGAGACGUGCCUUUAACAACACUACCAACCUGCAGGACACUACUGUAUCUGGGAUGCCAAAUUUUAAACGGUUUAAAAAGAGCAUCAGUGAGGUUUCGGUCUUGCCAAGAAUCAUCGGUGGACGAGACCUUGUGCCACAUGACCAGUCUGUGAGCCAUCGCGAGGAGUGGCUGAGACAACAGGAGGAGUCCGUAUGCAGGCAGGAAGACCGAAACGCAAUAAAUGAGGAGGAUGAGGAACUCUUCGCCCUCCCUGUCAACCCAUGGAACCGGAUUAGAACGAGGAGAUAGGCACUGACUGCAGAGGCUUUAGAGUCGGAUAUUUAAGCAACAGGAGGGGAGUUGCUUUCGCAUUCUCCUUACAUAUUGUUACUUUUUACAAGGAAUUACAGUAAAUUCUAAUGCCUCCCCCUCCUUGGCAAAGAAUGUGUAUAUUUUUGUUAUUAGGUUUUUCUUUUUUUUUUUUUUCAUUUCUUCUUUUUCUUUUGUUUUAUCUUUCCUUCCCUCUAAAAAGAAUUCAUCCAUCAUUAUCCAAUUGGCCAAUGAUAAGGUACUGUGUUAUUGAGAACUUGUACAAGAAUUUACGGCUGCUAACACUCCUGAAAGUGAGAAAGCACAGAGGAAGAUUCUUCUUAUUUUACAUGGCUGCUGUCAAAUUUUGUCUCAUGAAAAAAGAGAAGAAAAAAUAACUUUAUAUGAUUGUGCAUAACUUUCAUUCUGAACUCUCAUCUUAGUUUCAUCUUGAGUUAUUGUUAUUCUUGUUUAGAUGGUUCUUUAUAUUUUGUAAACUGAAAAAACAAAUUUCUUAGAAAUACUUUAUUUUCAGAUAUAUAUGUUGUCUCUUCUGCACUUUUGUUUUUGUUUUUCUCUCUCCUUUCUAUUCUCAUUAAAAUUGUUAUUCUUUCUCUUUUCGUUGGACUGUAGAAACAAUGGAAUUCCUUCAUGCAUUUAGUUCCUUAAAUUGUGCUGUACCAAAUUCAAAUGCUUUUGUUAUGUAUUUAUAAAGAGUAGAGAUUUUUUGUAUAGUUUAGUGAACUUGACUGUUGUUCUGCAUUGUUCCAUUACCGAAAAGUGAUGUACAAUUUUUGCUCACUCGCUAUCAGUUUCCCAGAUUUUAUAUUAGGUAUUCCAUAUUGCAUAUGGUGUAAAACAAAAAUUUUAUGUAAUUAAAUGCUCUGUAAUGCAUUACAGUAUGUAUCACUGUCUAUGGAAUAUUAUCAAAAUAAACAAAGUAUCGUU